CAUGUCAUAUGUCAACUUCAAAAUCAUCUGUUUGUGAAAGCAAAUGAGUCAUUCCUAUCGUUUUCAUUGAUUUAAUUACUAGAUUUCUAAUAAAUAUUCAUUGUUUAUUGUACAAGUUUUAUAAAAAUAUGUCUAUAUUUCGUAGCACAAGAAAUUUUGAUCUUUUGCUUGAAAAAGCAACUAGUCAUUUGUUGAUGGAACCCGAUUGGGAGACUACGAUGCAAAUAUGCGAUUUAAUAAGGCAAAAUGAUGUGCAGCCCAAACACGCAGUAUCUUCGUUAAAGAAAAAAUUAACAUCAACAAAUCCUCAUUCUGCACUAUAUGCCCUUUUGGUUUUGGAAAGCAUUGUUAAGAAUUGUGGUGUGGUUGUUCUUGAUGAAAUAGCCACCAAGCCGUUUUGUGAGUUUCUGAAUGAGUUGUGCAAAACUACUGCUCAUGAGAAAGUACGUAGCAAGCUAUUGGAGUUAAUUCAAACUUGGAAUUUUGCUUUUCGAAAGAAUUCUAAAUAUGGGGGAGUACUAAAGGAACUCAUGAAUACAAUGAAAGUGGACGGUCAUAAAUUUCCGGCAUUGAGAGAAUCUGAUGCGAUGUUUGCAUCAGAUACAGCGCCUGAAUGGGCAGAUGGUGAUGUUUGUCAUAGAUGCAGGGUACAAUUUAAUGUUAUUCAAAGAAAACAUCAUUGUAGGGCUUGCGGUCAAGUUUUUUGCGGACAGUGUACAUCGAAAACUUCAACUUUACCCAAGUUUGGGAUUGAAAAAGAGGUUAGAGUGUGCGAUGCUUGUUACGAUGAAGCUACAAAACCAUCAGCAACUUCCAAAGCAGCGAUUUCAAAAGCUGAAUCUGAAUUACCAGAGGAAUAUCUAAAGAGCUCAUUAGCCCAACAGAAACAGGAUCCUCCUAAAAAGACUGAAGAUGAACUAAGAGAAGAAGAAGAAUUUCAGUUAGCUCUAGCUUUAAGUCAAUCAGAAGCUGAAGCAAAAGAAAAGGAAAAAUUUAAAACAACAUCUAGUAUAUACCAAGUAAAAGUAGAACCGACUCCAGUAGAAAAACCUGCGACUCCUCCACAACAAGAAGAAACCAAUCCGGAAUUAGCCAGAUAUUUGAAUCGUUCUUAUUGGGAAUCUCUUCAAACUAAUGAUCAAAAUGAACAAGGUCGACCGACAAGUCCUUCAGCUCCAGCUACUGCUCCUACUCAAACUAUCGAUAAUAAAUACAAAACAAAGGAAAACGGUUUGGUCGACAACGAUUUAGAAGAAUUCAUGAAGACUUUGAAAAGCCACGUAGAAAUAUUCAUCAAUAGAAUGAAGAGUAAUUCCAGCAGGGGAAGAUCUAUUACAAACGAUACUAGCGUUCAAACGCUUUUUAUGAAUAUAACAGCGAUGCAUUCGAGACUUUUACACUAUAUACAAGAACACGAUGAUAGUCGCAUCCAUUUCGAACGUUUGCAAGAUAAAUUAACGCAGGUUAAAGAUGCUCGAGCCGCAUUAGAUGAUCUCCGCGAAGAGCACAACGAAAAGCUUAGAAGAGAAGCUGAGGAACAAGAACGUAUGCGUCAAUUACAAAUGGCCCAUAAAUUAGAAGUAAUGAGGAAGAAAAAAGAGGAAUAUUUACAAUACCAAAGGCAGUUAGCUUUACAAAGGAUCCAAGAGCAAGAAAGGGAAAUGCACAUGAGACAAGAACAACAAAAACAACAAUAUAUGAUGCCACAAUAUGGUUACAUCGGCUCUCCAGUUCACGGACAACAGUUUCCACCAAACAUGGCUCCUCAAAUUGGAAAUUACAAUACUUAUCCUUAUCCCCAACAACCCAUGAUGCCUCCUGGACAGAUUCCAAUAAAUCAAGGACCACCUCAUGGCCCUCGUCCUACCCAGCAACCUCAUAAUCCCGUACUCGGACCUCCUCCGGGUUUUGCGCAAGGUCCAACUUCAACAAACACCAUUUCUAAUAAUCCACCAUAUGUACCACAUGGAGUAGCAUCACAAACAAUAAUAGGUAUGCCUACUGUUGGAAUACCUCCCGGACAUAAUCCGCAAACUGGUAUGAGUGGUAUGCCACUACAGCAAGCCGGUAUUCCUCAGGCAGGUAGUAUACCUCCUCAACCAAAUAGUUUACCACAUCAACAUGGUGGUAUACCACAAAACCAAGUGUUACCACAAGGACAGGUAGCACCGCAGUUUCAACAGCCGGGAGCUCCGCCUGCUAGCCCUCAAGUGCAAUCAAAUGGAGAAGCACAAACAGCCGAGCUGAUAAGCUUCGAUUAAUCAUUUAAAUCGGUUUUGUGAUAAUAAAUUUAAUGUAUUCCUUUUUCCCUAUAUUAUAUAAUAUCGUUAUAUUAGCCAAACAGAAUGAAUUCUAUUAAAAAUAUUUUAUGAUUUAUGUCAAAUAUAUAAGUAUAAUACAACAUUUA